AUGGUUAACAAAGAAGAGCGUGGCAUCACCAGAGAUAAGGAAGAAGAGCAAGUUGAGGAUAGACACAGUGAAGAGGAAACAGAAGUAGUAGAGAAGCAAAAUAAAAGGGCUAAAGGUAGGGUGAAUGAGGAGGGGGUAAGAAAAGCUAGAGGCAAGAAGAAACAGCAGAAAAGAUGGAAAGAAACUAAUAGGAGAAUUGAGAAUGAUUCACAACAAGAAAAGGAAAAUCAGAAAAUAGAGCACAAUAAAAAGAAGGAAGUGGGAGGUCACGAACAAUCUACUCUCAAGGAAAGAUUAGACAAGAUAAGAAAAAAGAGGAAGAAGAAGCUACCAAAAAAGAGGACCAAUGUAAGGGUCAAGAUGAGUAAGCAAAUAAGCAAGGAAACAGAUGGCAAGGGAGCUGAGGAAAGAACCGCAGACGAGAGGGAAAAACAAAAUGAUACAGAGGAGCAGACUGUUCAGUCUAAAAGGCAAUCUGAUAUGGAGAAAAAUCAGCAUUUGAAUUGUAUUCAGGAAGAAUCUGCUAAUCUUCAACACAUAGAUCCUGGAGGAAACAGAGGUGAUUUAGGUGGGGAAAAUCAGCAACAUGAAAAGAGCAAAGAGGAGGGGAUAGGUGACAACAUGUCUAACAAUCCUGACGAGUCUUUUAGUUUGCCAACUGCUAUCAAAAACCAUCCGGGAAUAAAUUUGAUAGUUGAUCUUAAUAACAAUCUGAUAGAAACCUAUAACAGUAAUGGAAAAGAUGUGGAAGAUGGAAGACAAGAUGGAAACAUGGAGAAUUUGAAUCAACAGGAGAAGGAAGAAACAGUUCAAGAGAUGAGCCAAGAACAACAAAAACACCUCAAGGAAGUUAGUGACAGAAAUGGUUUGUCUCCAGGUAGAAGGGGAAGAAACAAACAAAAAAAAGACAACAGAAAGGAGAGAAGCAGCAGCAGCAACUUUAGAGCUUUGUCCUGUAAAGGAGAGAGGAGAAAAGAUCAGCAAACUCAAAAUGUUUAUCAUGAUUAG